CAGCGUCUACAUGGAGCCAGAUGGCGCUGGGUAGGGGGGCAGCAGCGCCUCCGGGAGAGACCAAAGCUUCACAACUCAAGUGUAACUCCACUAAAGCUAAUGGAUUUGAAGAGAGUGCUGUCCUUCCCACCAUACCCCGGGGAUUACCUGCAUCCAGUGGUGUAUGCCUGCACAGCAGUCAUGCUGCUCUGUCUGCUCGUCUCCAUCAUGACCUAUAUUGUCCACCACAGUGUGGUCCGCAUCAGCAGGAAUGGCUGGCACACACUCCUCAACUUCCUCUUUCACACGGGGCUGACAUUUGGAGUUUUCGCCGGGGGCAUCAAUCAGAUCAAUUUACCUUUUGUGUGCCAAAUUGUUGGCAUUGUGCUCCACUAUGCGUCUUUGUCUGCCAUGCUGUGGCUGACAUUCACUGCUAGAAACAUCUGUAAGGAUGUGUCCAAAGAUCCACUUCGGCCCCAGAAGAGGAAUGGGCCAGCCCAGACUCGCACCAAACCAACCGUCCUCAGAUUUUAUUUUGUAAGUGAUGGAGUCCCUCUCAUGAUUGUUGGAGUUACGGCAGCAUUUGGUAUGGAUAACUAUGGCAGCAGGGAUGACGCUUUGUAUUGCUGGAUGGCAUGGGAACCAAGCUUGGGAGGUUUCUAUGCCCCCAUGGGUCUUCUGGUCUUAGUCAUGUCUGUGUACUUCUUAUGCACUUACAUCCAACUUAAACGCCACCCAGAGAAGAAGUAUGAGCUGCGAGUUCUGAGUGAGGAGCAGCAGCAGUUAUCAUUUAGUGAGUCAAACCAUCACUGCCACACCGACACCGGGGGAGUUUCUGGGCCUAGUGGAGACUGUCCGCCAUUUGCAACAGGCGUGUCGGUGCUGGCCAAUGAGCACUCCUUUAAAUCUCAGCUCCGAGCCACAGCCUUCACCCUCUUUCUGUACCUGUCUACCUGGGCUUUAGGAGCAUUGGCGGUAUCAAUGGGGCAUUUCCUAGAUAUGAUAUUCAGCUGCCUGUAUGGGGCUUUUUGUGUCACUUUGGGACUCUUCCUUCUCAUCCAGCACUGUGCCAAACGUGAUGAUGUAUGGCACCGCUGGUGGGCCUGUUGCCCGUCCAAGUCCAAGUCAGAGGACGGGAAUGGGGACGGACAGAGCCAGAGGCAGGAGCUCCAUCAGCCACACUGCCAUCUGAGCUCCCCAUGCUCAGGCAAGCAUCCUCUACUCUCUCCUCACCUCGUGCAGAGUUCUUACCACAAAAUGACACCACACUCCCAGAGCCCCGCACCCAGUCACACAGGUCCAUGCUGCGUGGCCGUGAUGAGUCCUGUUACCGCCAACCCCAUCUCACCUCUCGCUGAACUAGCGUCCUCACCUCGUCCACUGUCGCUUUCUGACGAGCUCCCUCGUCCUGCUCUGCCUCUACAGAGCUGCCUUAAUGACAGAACAAAGUCACGCUCCUUCAACCGCCCACGUCCAUGCCUCCAGGACUACCGUUCUCACAUGUCUUCCGUCAGUAUGGAUGGGAGUGUGCACAGCUCCCACCUGGACAGCCCUCAUGCAGCGCACCACCUUGACGGCUCCCCACUGGUUUCCAUUAGCCCACAGCCAGACCUCCAGCUCCCCUGCCCCAGCCCUCACUUGGAUAAGCAGCUGGCUUCCUGCCACAGCUUGCAACACCAGAACUCCUGCCACAGCGUACAAGACUCAAUGACGUCCUGUCACAGCCACGCACACAGCAUGCAUGAUAGCAUUUCUUCCUGUCACAGCCUCCUCCUGCCUGCUCAUGGGGUCCACACCUGCCAGUGGCACAUGUACAGCUCAGCAGAUCACUCUUCCACUACAAGCUGCAGUGAGAAACCUGAUCCCUUUACCUUGCAAUUUCAGCAAGACCCCGACACAUCCAGCUGCAUGUCAAAGACAACAGAUAAAGAAAAGGAUAAACUCGGCGUAGAGGUGGAGCAGAAAGGUUUCCCAAGAAAUACUCUGCCUCGGCAGCACGGCACUUUCAGCCGGCGAGGUACCAUCGGCCGGAACAUGAGCCUGCAGGAAGACAGCCUGUUUGCUUCAGACGCCCCAGGAAACAUACGGACUGGCCCUUGGAAGAAUGAAACCACCGUAUAGUUUCCUCAUACUUGUACCUGUACUUGCCAGACCUUCCAGUAACCCUGUAAUCCAAUUACUCCGUAAGUGUUUGGGUCUCAAUGCCUUCAGCUUUGCCCUUAACCCACAGGUUGAGUUUUCAGUGAGUUCUCGUAUCGUGAUGAUAUCUCAGAACCCUUUAUGAGAUGACAAAGUUAUCUUAAAGUGGGUGACUUAUCAGUUUUUAUAAAGAGAGGUUCAAUUAUUGUUGAAUUAUUAUUCUGCUCCAUGCUGUUUAAAGUUGCAAUCAGUACUGUAUGGCUGCGUAGGGGCGCACUGGCUCAGUAGUUUGCAAGGUCACAACAAGAAGGCCCUGAGUUCGAACUCAAUCAGUUCCAGUUGGAGCAUAUUUGUGUGGACUUUGAAUGUUCUCUCCAUGUUUUGUCAGUUGUUCCCCAUUCCUCCUACAGUCCACAGGCAUGCAGGUCAGCUGCAAGGAAUACUCCAACCUAAAGGGUCUACACAGAUUUAAAACUAUGGACCUGAUCCCAAACAGACCAGGGCAAAACAUACCUAAACUCAAUGUCUAAAAUAAGAGACCUGAUCCAGAAGGGACUCGAGAACAGUCAGACCCGAUCUAAAUAGACCCAAAGAUUGCAUUGACCCCUUAAAGUUAAACUGGCUUAUAAAUACUAUGUUUACCAGCAGUCAUUACCAAGCAAGCUGUGACCAAGCAGCUGUGCUGUAACAUCCGUUAUAUUGACAUUUAAAAUGAAUGAUCUCAGGGGGAAAUGUGAAGGCCGUGACGCACCAAGGCAACCUUCAGCCGAGAUGGACCGGCUGUUUAGCUGAUGGCCAACGCCGAAUCGGCCCAAAAAAGGCAGACGAAGACUGACGCGUGGUAACACAGACUAGGGCAACGGUCACUCACUGUCGGCCGUCGGCAACACAGCCAGUCCAUGUGAUUGAAAAAGGUAGUGAGGAAAGCAAACAAAUGCACACACAAGGCUCUUCUAAUUUUUCAUCUCAUCUGAUCAAUCCAGAACAUGUCCAGGGCUGUUAAAACUGGCCAAAAAUGAUGUUUCAAUGUUACUUCCUCCUGACACAUAGGUUCGAACAAUUGGAAUAACUAUUUUUGCACAUUAUGUCCAUAAUAUGGCAAACGUACAACGAGAUAUACAUAACUACUUGUGUAGUUAUUUAUUUUAACAAUAACAUGUCUUUUAAAAGAUAUCUAAAUACCUACAUAUUACAAAAUAAACUUAAUAGACCUCCCUCUUUCUGCACCAUCUGCAACGAAAACAAUUAGCCCCCGAGCAAGCAAGCUACCUUACAAGCCAGCCGACCAGCCUCUAAAUUAGUCAAAUGUAACAACUUAAUGUUUCAUUCACACACUGUUGUCACAUCGUAGGAAAGCACAUUACUAUCGCCAUAUGACAAUUUUGUUCAGCUAAUCUAAUUGUACCAUGAGCUGCAAAUGUGUAUUUAAACUCUAUUGUCACAUUUCAAUUCUACCAUAGACUGUAAAGAUCGUGGACGUAGCAGCAGUGAUCUCACCCAUUGGUUUGUGGACUGCCGUUUUGAAGCCUCGAGUUUGGCAAUUUGACCGUCGCCAUCUUGGUUUUUUGAAACCAGACGUGAUGAUUCUUGAAGAGAGGGUGGAGCUGGAGAGGAUUUGACACGGCAAAGCCAGCGUUGUUUAUGGUUGCAAUGGCGCAGCGCUAAGCUAAAUGCUAAAGAGGGAAAGUUGCUUUUUUCAACCCUUCUGAAGGGAGUCAUCCAAUGGAGAUUUACUGACAGGUAAACUACACGUAUGGCUGUACGGCAAAUCCAAACUUUCCAAUCUGCAAACUUUCCCUUAAAUUACCAGCUAACACUAUCGGUAGCUAGCUAGCUCGGUUGGCAGAACAAGAUAUUUUUAGGCUACGAAAAUGUUCCAGUUAACUUUGAUGAAAUGAAAACACACAGUGAGAGGCUCAAAGUUUAAAAUGAA